GAAAAUGUAACUGGGCGACGAUUAUUCCCGAGGAGAGAAAGAAUUCAAGGUUCCAAAAGCAGCACUGCAGUUGGUAAAUGGGUAGUGCAGUGCUUUAGUCCCGUUCUCUCGGUUUAGACCAGAGAGUGGUGUACUUUUCACCCUCUUACUAUCUCUAAUAAUAAAUAGAAGAAGCAAUUAACCUCUCGGUGGUCUGGCCCCACAUUUGGGCAGGCCUCAUUCUGUCAAAGGUCCCGUUAGGGAUUGGGGAAAUUUGCAGAGGAAUUCGAGGGUUGUACAGAGUUUAAUGGUCGAGCUAUUAUUACGAGAUAUUGCAGUGAGUCGAGAAAAGGCAAUGCGAGGAGAGAGGGCGAACUUUUAGUUCUUCGAGAGGUAGGAACUGAGAAAGGAGAGAUCGGUAUAGUGUACCGUAAGUCGAACUUCGUCGGUGACGAGAAGUUCAGCCUCAGUGGGCCGAAGCAGGGCAGCAAGGCGCGAGGAGGCGAUUGUUGAGGGUUAGUUCGGUGACGGAUUGAUAAACUUCGCGAGCAUUUUUCGAGGCAGCUUGCAGGAUAUCGGAGCAGCAAUCAAGGGCAAGUCUCAUUGAAGAGCUCUGCCGGACUUGAGGUGACCGAAUUUUGGUGGCGUCUUUAAAAUUCGUUUACAGCAGAGGCAAUUUGCAGAGGUUGUGUUGGAGAAGAGAGCUGCAAAGAUGUGGGCGCCUCUGACAAAGGAAGCAGCGGACAUUUUGGGGAAAGGAAUUUUUGAAUGCAUGUCUCGAUGGACAGCGUUGCAGCUUGCGAUUCAGAAUGGGUGGGGCGGCCAAUCCUCUAACGAGAAGUGCCAGCAGAUGUACACGGAGAUUUUGUCCUUCUUCACAUGUUCUAAAGAACAACGCUAUAUCGAUGAAAUGGAGGAUCUGCUAGAGCAAUUCAUGGUGGAAAAUUUCCAUGUCGAGAUCGAGGAUGGGAGCGUUUUCGAGGUUUCGGAGCAGCUUUUUAUAGUACAUGAAGAAUGUGUAAACGGAAACUUUGAGAAUGUAAAGCAAAUGUUUGCAACAGCUUCUGGGAGUGGGGCCGCAAAGAGUAAGGAGCUGCCAACGCAAGAGGGAGAAAACCCUCCUGCCCUGUCUGGAGCUAGCUCGUCAGGAGAAGAUGAUGAUGAAAUGGAGGAUAUGGAAGAUGAUAUAUUGCCUGCGUCUGCUCCGAGUGCAGCGUCAAGUAGAGCUCCGAAAGUAGUGCAGUCGAAUUUGACCCAAGAGGAGAUGGCUGAUGGAUGGCAAGAAGCUCCCGCUCGCACAAGGAGGCGCAGCGCAGCGAGGUGAUCUUCGCCACUUGACAGGCCCAAGCAGCUGAUGUUUUCUGCAGUGACAGUUCUGGUGAGGAACGGAUCGUGGGAGAUAAUUUUGGAAUAAAGUGCACGCUGUCUGUAAACAACGUUUCAGCUCAGAUCUGGUCAUGCUCUGUCCCGUCACAUCAGAGAUCGAGCUUCUCUCGUAAUUGGUUUCGUGCAGCGUUUCCAAGUCUCUGAAUUUUUUCGCCGCCUCUCCCUCCCCGUCUCCCGUCACAUGUACCCUCACCUGACCCGCUGGACCUUCUCACCCCUCCCGUCUAAUCAUGACCAGGAUAUAAUCACUAGAGCCUGAUAUGAACCGGGAUUUGAAGUGGUUUCCUGUCUGCUGAUUCUUAAACCCUUACGUUCGGUGGAUUCAUGAGUUUAAUGCUUCCCUCAAAAGGUAGUGGUUCCCUGUCUGCUGUUUCUUAAACCCUUCGGUUCGGUGGAUUCAUGAGUUUAAUGCUUCCCUCAAAAGGUAGAUUUUAUUCUCAAUUGCAGAGUGGUCUUUUUUUGUUUUUUCAGAUAAGGGAACUCUAUCGAAAUUCUCGGAUAGAAAGUGUUUUUCAAACUUCUCCCGUGGUAAUGAACUGAAGAUUAACACUUAGUGAAGUGCAGUUGUGGUUGAGAGUGUCACUCUUUCAGGGCAGAUGAAGCUGCUGGUAUCAGCAGGAUGUGUUCUGAUACGUGGGUUAUGUCAACUCCCCGGUACGAGAGCGUAGUCCAAAGUAGUACUGAAAUAUGUUACUGGACCCAUUAUAAUUCCUAACUUGUCUGAGUUCAGCUGGUCGAGCUACAAUUCAUGUAGCUCGACUCGCCAUGGUCGUCAGUGUUUUGUGAGAGGAAGAUAACAUAACUUGUGGAACUCUCAAGCAAUUCUGGAGUAGAAUAAUAAUUAGGUGUAACUAUUAUAAGAUAGUAGUAAUUUGAAAGUAAAUAAUAUUUUACUAAUGUUUUAUUGUGACACUAAAAUGCACAAUAACGCAUGCAGACUUGUUUGACAAAAGUGGGUGGAAACGUUUAUUGACUAACUACAAUCUAUUGCUAAUUUGGAUUCAUGAAUUAUAUGUAUCUUGGGUUUUAUAGUGAUAUUGCUUUUGUCUAAGAAUUAAACUUUUAUAUGUAGGACAGAAAUUUCGGUUUUGAGUAUGUUGUUGUGUUCAUCAAUGAUAUCUAUAUCAUUUCAGUUAAUUUUGCUCAAGAUGAAAAUCUGUACCUGUUCUUGAUGCCUUUUUGUUCGCUGUCCGACUUCUUCGUGGAAGCGAUUAAGUUCUGCACACAAGAACAUUUAACUUAUUCCACUUGUUACUUUAGGUUUAUCGAACUUUGCACAUUAGUACCAAUGAAAGAAUUCGUGUGUACUAAUUUUUUAUAUACACUAUGGCUGCUCGACACGAUAAUGCUGUACCAUCCACCGUUGGAUAGUAUAGCUGAAUUUUAAAUCACGGCAUGAAGAUCAAUUAAAAGUUAAAAGUCAUCUACAUCUAAAAAGAUUCUACUUGAUUGAGCACCGCAUCCAAUAUUGAUAUUUUU